AGGAAAAGAGAGAGGGAGAGAGAAGUGCAGUUGCAUUCCUGGAGAGAGAUCCUUGCCCCUUCCUCCUCCUUCCUCCUCCUUCCUCUCUUCCCUCCUGGUCUCUCAGCCGGCGGCGGCAGAGAGGGAUUUUCAACCCGGGCUGUAGAUGCGGGGAACAGGGCUGCAGAGUGAAAGUGACACCGGUAGUCCGUAGGGAAGUUGUGAAAAGGAGCACGUUUUAAACGCAUUCGAAAGACUUUGGAGUUUGUACUCGGGCGCUCCGGGCGGUUAAAAUUAAUUUUAAGAAAGUUUACUUUUUGGGUGGUCAUGGGUUGCCAGCGGACACUCGCGGCCGGCCGGACAGCGCUGCUUCUGGCUGGGCUGCUCGUGGCUCUGUGGCACCGCUGCGCCGCAAGUUGCCCCGAGAGAGACUUGGAGGACAGGGAAGAGGAGGCCAACAUAGUUCUGACCGGCACCGUGGACGAAAUAAUUAACAUGGACCCGGUGCAUAAUACCUAUUCUUGCAAGGUCAGGGUGUGGCGCUACUUAAAAGGGAAGACCAACGUCAACCGCGAAAUUCUCCUGGACGGUGGCAACAAGUUGAUGAUCGGCGGCUUUGGCAACCCCGGGAUCUGCGACAACCAGGUAGCCACGGGCGACACACGCAUAUUCUUUCUCAACCCUGCCCCGGAGGCCAUGGGUCCAGAACACAAGAACGAACUUAUGCUCAACUCAAGUCUGAUGAGGAUUACCCUGCGCAACCUGGAGGACGUGGAGCACUGCGUGGAAGACAAACCUCCUCACUUCACUCCAGCCCAGCCUCCUGAUGGUUGCAGAGGGAUGUUGUGUGGCUUCGGCGCUGUAUGUGAGCGUGAAAAGACUGACCCGGCCAAGGCUGAGUGCGUUUGCAAGAGAGUGGAUUGCCCGUCCUUGGUGGCGCCUGUUUGCGGCUCGGAUUCGUCCACCUACUCCAACGAGUGCGAGCUGGAGAAAGCCCAGUGCAACUCACAGAGACGAAUUAAGGUUCUGCGCAAGGGGCCCUGCUCUCUGAAGGACCCCUGCACCGACGUGGCCUGCAGCUACGGCAGCACCUGCGUCCAGUCGUCGGAUGGCUUGUCGGCUAAAUGCAUGUGCCCCCUCGGCUGCGAGGGCAAGCGCGAGCAGACGGUGUGCGGCAGUGAUGGAAAGGACUACCGCAACGAGUGUGAGCUCCAUCAGCACGCCUGCAAGAACCAGAGGAACAUACGAGUGCAAUACCAAGGGCACUGCGACCCAUGCAAAGACAAUGAGAACAGCCUGAACACCUUGUGCCGGGUGGAGGCUCUCACCCGCCAGCCCCUCAUCUUCAGCCUGCCGAAUUCGUGCCCCCUGGGUAAUGAGCCUCUGUGUGCCAGCGACGGCCAAACCUACCCCAGCAAGUGCGCCAUGGAAGCAACAGGAGCGCAGAAAGGGAUCAAGCUCAGGAAGAUCCACGCAGGACAAUGCAGAAGGCUGGAGCACUGUCAGGAGGAGUGUCUCUUCAACGCAGUGUGUCUCGUGGAACAGCUGAACGCCCGCUGCUCCUGCGAUCCCAUCGAGUGUGACGGCACCUACAAGCCCGUGUGCGGCAAGGACGCCCACACCUACACCAACGACUGUAUUCGACGCAAGGCGGAGUGUCUGACCAAGACCCUCAUCUCCAUCAAGCACCAGGGGCCCUGUGAUCUCAGCAUACCGAGCCCCUGCCUGGAUAAGGUGUGCGAGCAUGGGGCGGUGUGCGUGGUCAAGAACAACGAGCCGGUGUGCGAGUGCCCUGAGGCCUGCCCGCAAACGUCCGACCCAGUGUGCGGAUCUGACGGCCACAGCUACGGCAGCCCCUGUGAGAUGCGAGCGAUGGGCUGUGCCCUGCAGAAGACCAUUCACAUUCAACACAAAGGACCCUGUGAUGAGUCUUGUGCCAAUUGCUCUUUCGGGGCAAUCUGCGAUGCCCAGAGCGGGCAGUGUGUGUGUGCAUCGGAGUGUGUGGAGUCCAACCAGCCUGUGUGUGGCAGCGAUGGCAGCACCUACAACAGCGAGUGUGAGCUGCACGUGCGGGCCUGCACACAACAGAUGGACCUCCGAGUGGUCAGCCAGGGAGAGUGCAAAACAUGUGGCAGCACUGUCUGUGCCUGGGGUGCCCGGUGUGUCCAGAAUAAGUGUGAGUGCCCACAGUGCUCAGGCGAGGCCUUCUCCCCAGUGUGUGGAAGUGAUGGCACCACCUAUAACAAUGAGUGUGAACUCCGCACGUCCACCUGCAUGCAGAAGAGGAGAAUUGAUGUGGCGAAGCCCGGCAGCUGUGAUGAAGACUGUGGCUCAGGAGGCUCAGGCUCAGGCGUGGAGAGCUGUGAACAGGACCGAUGCCGCAUGUUUGGAGGCUCGUGGGACGAGGAUGCAGAGGACGACCGUUGUGUCUGUGACUUCAGCUGCCAAAGUGUGCCUCACAACCCGGUUUGUGGCUCAGAUGGAAAAAACUACAGCAACGAGUGCCAGCUGAAGAAGGCCAGAUGUGAGAAACAAGAGCACUUGCUGAUUCAGAAUCAGGGACCCUGUGCAGCGAUUUCAGCCACAUCUCUGCCUGAGCUGACGGCACCCCAGCACUGCAGCCUGUCUGUGUACGGCUGCUGCCACGACAACGUGACGGCCGCCUUAGGAGUCGGACUGGCAGGAUGUCCCAGCACCUGUCAGUGUAAUGUCUACGGCUCCUACAAGGGGACGUGUGAUCCAGCCUCCGGCCAGUGCUCCUGUAAGCCGGGUGUCGGGGGACAGAAGUGUGACCGCUGCGAGCCGGGUUUCUGGAACUUCCGUGGCAUUGUGACAGAGAACAUGAGUGGCUGCACACCGUGUAACUGCGACGCCACAGGCUCGGUCCGGGACGACUGCGAGCAGAUGUCGGGCCUGUGUUCCUGCAAGACGGGAGUGAAGGGCAUGAAGUGCAACGUGUGUCCAGAUGGAAGCAAGAUGGGCAUGAACGGCUGCGACAAAGGUCCUGAGGCCCCAACUUCAUGUGAAGAGUUAGUGUGCAGUUUUGGAGCUACUUGCAUUGAGGUGAACGACCAAGCCCACUGCGAGUGCCCUUCACCUGACUGCGAUGAGAAAAACAAAACCAAGGUGUGUGGCUCAGAUGGGGUGACCUAUGCUGACCAGUGCCAGCUGAGGACCAUAGCCUGUAGGCAGGACAAGGACAUCACAGUGCAACACUUUGGACAGUGCACAGAAACCAUCUCUGAGCCGGCCGACCGGCCCACCCCAAACCCCUCAGCCACCACCCACAGCCCAACCGCUGCCGCCACCAUCACCACCCCCGCCCCUUUCCUCCCUGACAUGGUGUGGGCCAUCCCGCCUCUACAGACAGAAGAGACCGAGAGCACCGAGCGGCCCCCGGCCACCACCCCUUUUUCCACCCUCAUCCACAACCAAGCAAACCGCAACCACCACAUCCACAUCCAGCCUCAGCCGCCGAAGUCCACCACUGCCACCACCACCUCCUCCUCCUCCCAUAGCGGCCCUGCUCCCUCCGCCGCUGCGUCCUCCUUCGACGGUUCGGGAAGCGGGGAGCCGAGUGGGGACGACCAGACCGAAGAAGAGGAGGAGCAGGAAGAGGAAGCGGGUAGCGGCAUCCCAACGGAGGCCAGUGGGACAGAGGAGCCUGUCGGUCCCACGCUGGCAAGCACCACUAUACCCACAGCUGAGGACAGGUCAUCCUGUGAAAACACGGAUUUCGGCUGCUGCCCCGACGGCAAGACACCGUCCAGCACUCCAGAGGGCGCCAACUGCCCCUCCACCAUGAGGUUCAGCGGUUUCCUGCACUUGGACCAGGUGGAGGGCCAGGAGAUUUUCUACACCCCCGAGAUGGAGGACCCCAAGUCGGAGCUGUUUGGCGAGACGGCCCGCAGCAUAGAGAGUGCUCUCAAUGAGUUAUUCAGGAAGUCGGAGGUGCACAAAGACUUUAUGAGCGUUCGUGUCCGGAACCUGGCGCCCAGCAACUCCAUCUUGGCCUUUGUUGAGGCCCAUUUCAAACCAGAUACAAGAUACACGGUGGAGGACAUCGAAGGAGCCCUGCUGAAACAGCUGAAGGCCUCUAAAGAGACCAGCAUCGCCGUGAAGAAGCCGGAGGACGAGAAUAUACGCUUCACCAAUUAUGGCCUCUCCUCCCCCUUCUUCACCACCACUACCACCACCACGACGUCAGUCACCACAGCUGCCCCCACCACCACCACCACCACCACCACCAGGCUUCCAACAACCUCCCCGUACAUCACCCGUCGCCCACCAGGCACUACCCGCAGGCCUUCCAAUGGCAGACGUACCACCACAGCCUCCGCGCCGGUCACCACACCACGACCCACCACCACCACAGCAGCCGUCACCACGGCAGCCGUCACCACGGCAGCCCUGCCUCCAGCCACCACCAUUGCCCAUGUUAGGAGCAAGUUUCACCACAAGACCCAGAAGCCUUGCGGCUCCCACCCCUGCCUCCACGGGGGCACCUGCGAGGAUGACGGCAGUGACUUCAGUGCAAGGAUUGCCACCAGGAGGUCUGUGUUGUGUGAUGUGAAGGUGAUCAAGUACUUCAUCCCGUCCUUUGGAGGCCAAUCAUACUUGGCUUUCCCAACCAUGAGUGCUUAUCACACGGUCCGCAUCGCCAUGGAGUUCAGAGCAUCCGACAUGACCGGCAUCCUGCUCUACAACGGCCAGGAAGGCAAGAAGGACUUCAUCUCUCUGGCUCUGGUUAACGGCAAGGUGGAGCUCAGGUUCAACACAGGUUCGGGCACAGGCACAGUGGUGAGCAAAGUAGAAAUCAAUCAGGGCCGCUGGCAUCACCUGGUAGUGACUCGAAACCGGCGCAACGCCAUGCUCAGCGUGGACAACGAGCCGCACAUCGAGGGCGAGAGUCCACGCGGCACAGACGGCCUCAACCUCGACACCGACCUGUUCAUUGGGGGAGUGCCCGAGGAAAUGAAGCAAGAUGUGAGGGAAAGGACCGCGGUGGCCACAGGUCUGGUGGGCUGCAUUCGCUUGCUGGAUGUCAACAACAGGGUGCUCAACCUGCAGGAGAGCGAGGGUGACAGUCUGUACGGCAGCGGCGUUGGCGAAUGUGGCAACAACCCCUGCCAGCCAAAUCCUUGCAAUAACGGCGCUGCAUGCCAGGUCAAGGAGGCAGAGAUGUUCCACUGCAAGUGCAGCAAAGGAUUCUGGGGUCCAACUUGUGCUGAUGUCCAUGACCCAUGCGAGCCCAACAGGUGCCAUCCAUCCUCCCAGUGCCAGGCGCUGCCCGAGGGAGGAUACAAAUGCGAGUGUCCCAUGGGACGUGAAGGGAAGCACUGCGAGAAAGUGGCUGAGAGGAGAGGGGCUUACAUGCCGCUAUUUAACGGAGACUCUUACCUGGAGCUGAAGGGGCUCCAUCUCUACGGGCAUGAUCUGCGUCAAAAGGUCAGCAUGACAGUGAUUCUUAUGGCCAAUGACUCCAACGGUUUGAUCUUCUACAACGGCCAAAAAUCGGACGGAAAAGGAGACUUCAUCUCUCUGUCCCUCAAUAAUGGCAUCCUGGAGUUCCGCUACGACCUGGGGAAGGGACCCGCUACCAUCAGGAGUAAGGAAGCAAUCCAGCUGAAUGUGUGGAACACCAUUGACCUGGAGCGCUCCAACCGCAAAGGAGAGAUCAUGGUGAACAAGAAGGACCCUGUCCGAGGAGAGGCACCAAACCUGCACGUAGAUCUUAACCUGAAAGAGUCUCUUUUUGUUGGCGGAGCUCCCGAUUACAGCCGACUAGCAAGAGUUGCUGCACUCACGGACGGCUUCAAGGGAACAAUCCAGAAGAUCAUUCUGAUGGGUACCACCAUCCUCAGAGAGGAGAACGCCCUGCGCUCUAGCAACAUAGCCAUGUUCCAGGACCACCCGUGUUCCCAGGAGCCCUGCCACAACGGCGGCCGCUGCAACCCUAUGCUGGAUGCCUACGAGUGCGCUUGCCUCAGCGGUUUCUCAGGGGGACGCUGUCAGAACACCAUCUACGAGAAGUCUGCCGGAGAGACCGAGGCCAUUGCCUUUGACGGGCGGACGUUCAUCGAGUACCACAACGCUGUUACAAAGAGUGAGAAGGCUCUGCUGGUGAACAAAUUUGAGCUGAGCAUCCGGACGGAGGCGACCCAGGGCCUGGUGCUGUGGAGCGGGAAGGGCGUGGAGCGCUCUGACUACAUUGCCCUGGCCAUCGUGGACGGACACGUCCAGAUGACAUACGACUUGGGCUCCAAGCCCGUGGUGCUGCGCUCCUCGGUGCGCGUCGACACCAACCGCUGGAUACGCAUCAAGGCCAGCAGAGCACUUAGAGACGGCUCUCUACAGGUUGGCAAUGAGGCAGCGGUAACAGGGUCGUCACCUUUGGCAGCAACGCAGCUGGACACAGACGGAGCGCUGUGGUUGGGUGGCCUAGAGGAGCUGGCGGUGGCCCGUCGGUUGCCCAAGGCAUACAGCACCGGCUUUGUUGGCUGCGUCAAGGACGUGGUGGUGGACGGCGUGGAGCUCCACCUGGUGGAAGACGCCUUAAACAGCCCCAGAAUAUUACACUGUUCCGCCGCCAAAUAACCCAGCAGAGACAAAAUAUUAGGAAAAACGGAAAAAAAGACACCCUCCCACUCGCUCCCCCCAUAGCGCCCAUGUCUCCUGCUGUAAUUAUUUUCUAUUUUUGUAUACUUUUCAUCGCUUUUAUAUGGAAAGAAAAUGAAUAUGUUGUUUUAAUUUUUGUUUUAUAUAUUUUGUUCUUUUCUUUUUCUUUUUUUUUUUUUAUCUGCACCUCCAUAAACAGAACACACUUUGUUUUUUCUUUACUGCCAUGGUCCUUCAUCUUUUUUUUCAAAAAGCAGGCAUCUCUGUGAAAAAGAGAUAUUUUUAUUCUUGUCAGUUUUGUUGUUUAAAACAAAUGCCAACUUAAAAAAGAAAAAGAAGCCUGCUCCUUUUCCUCGCUCAUUACUUGAACACUGGCGGGCCUCACUAAUGAUCUCUGGUUACUGCCUUGUCUUGGUGCCAUAUCUGUCGUCCACAUUCCCCCAAGCAUGGCCGAUACAUCCAUGAGUACAUAGACAUACAUUCCCCCCCCCGUGAGAGCUGGUACACAGUGUACGCUGCAGCCAGUGUGUGCAGCUCUUUGAUGCUGCAGCCAGCUGGCGUCUCCAGUCAAGAAACUCUGUAAUCAGCCCCGGUAGCCCACUGUAUUUUCCUAAUGGGACUUUUUAGAUAUCAGUCAAGCUGCUACAGUGAGAAAGUACACAGUCGAAACCACUCCAUCAACCCCCAUCUCGCAGCGCCAAAAAAGAAGAAGAAAAAGAAAAGAAAAAAACUCUCCACUCAAUCUGAAUCCCAUCAGAGCCUUUAGUUUUGAAAUAUGACUCACUAACACUGCAACCCUACGUGACGGAGAGAGCGCUGCGUUCCACAAUGACUCACAUAUCAUUUAGUCAUCAAGUCAAAACAUGAAUAAAUGUUAUAAAUAUAGAGUAUAUAAAUAAUACCUGAGACUGUGAAUAUGUAAGAUGGGAAUUGUGCUUCUCAUGUACUAUUGUGCGUUCUGUUUUACAAUCCGCGGAUGAACUAAUAAUGACCACUAUAAAUGCAUGCACUUCUGCAGUGUUGGGUUGAAUCUGGUUUUUGUUUGUUAGUUUUAUUUACGUUUUUUUUCCAACAUAAAAAAAAAACAAACGUACUAAUUUGGAAUAUGUCACUGUUUGGGGGUUUGUUUGGUUUUUUGCAAUGACUAAGGUUCCUUUUUUUCUCUCUAAUUUCCUCUGAUGUGAUUUCAGAAACUACAGAGCUUGGAACCAUAUUUUAUAUUUGUUUAUUCCCUGUAUCGUUUUUUUUGGUUUCUUUAUUUUUCGUUGGGGCAGUUAGUUUUGCAGGACCUGGAAUGGUGCAUAGGGGGAAAAGUUGUUACCAUAUCUGACCUUAAGGAGGUGCUGAAAGCAAAGACUGAAGAAAAGGACAGACAUAAAGGAGGCGAGGAGAGAUGUUAUCAUGGGGAGAGCUACUACUCUUGGGAAUGUCCCGUCAAACAACAGUCAGUCGUCAACACAAACAAAAAAACAAAUGCUUCAAAAACUCCUGCCUGAGACUUAAUUUCUCUUCGUAUUUGACCUAGGAACAUUCCUGGAGGAUUUUCUUUUUUUUCGGCUGUUAAGAGAGAGAGACUGUGAUGUUGUUGUGACCUUUUGAAGCCAUAACCGCCACAAAAAUGGGAAAAGAUGCAUAAUCCUACAGUACUUGCAAAUUAACAUAGCAACGCAUGGGUUUGUGCAUUACUAGUGCAAAUUCUGUAACAUUCAGUGAACUGAUGCAACGUGGAGUCGUCUUUGCUGAACCACAAUAAGCGGCGAUGACUGACUUAAGGACACUUGUUUUGAUAUGAGAACUUUGGCAAUAUUCUAAGACAAAAUCAUGCCUGUUCGUGGUUGAGUAUCAAAUGGUCUUGUGCUCUUUUAUUUUUCUUUUCUUAAGUUCUUAAUUGUGUUUUCCUUCUUAAAUCAUCAAACAACCUGUUUUUGUACAGCCCUGCAAUUUUUAAGUGUAAAUUUAGCAAAUGUGUUCUCUGUGGAGGUUUAUGUUUUUAGUAAUAUACACUGGAACCAUGUCAGACUUGUCCGUUCGCCCACACGAUGAUAUACUCAUGUACAUGGGGGAGGGAUAGCCCUAAAGCUAUAACUGUGUUGUGUGUAAUCAAGCUCCGAGUGUCCAUACCAGACUCUUUUCUGGUGUCCAAAGACACGUUUAAAUUCCAGCACUCACUCUAUUAACCUUAGACUGGUCUUAUUUUACCACACUGUUCUUUGCAUUUGAUCCAUUCAGGUGGUAACACUUAAUAAAGAAGUGAUUCCUGUGUAUUUGGACAGACUCGAGAACAAUAAAGACAAUUGCAGUCUAUGGUUUGGGUGGAAACUAUUUGCCUUAAAAACCGGUCACCUCGACUCUGAGCAGGUGACAAAGACGUCAUUAAUAUAACUGUUCCUUAUUUUAGCCAGUGUAUUAGCCUCAUCCCCAUAAUGUAAAUGAGUAAUACAUAAUAAUAAUGAUAAUUAUAUUAGUAAUAAUGCUCCUACAUAAAAAAUAAAAUCCCAGGAGGCCUCUGCAAAUGUCCCCUCUGGCUUUUUACAAAAAAUCUUCUAUUUACUGUUUUUUGAAUCUAUUUUCGGUUCCUUAUUUAUGUCUACAUGUGGAUUACCCUCCAUGUCUGGCCUCUGUAAACUACUGUCUGACUGCGCAAACCUCCUCAAAGGGCAGUGCACCGAGUAAGAGUGGCAUGACCUGAACAUUACUAACUUUAUGACCUUUGUCUUGUGUUCCUACCACCAUGAAAUAAAAUGUCAACCAAAUGGA